AUGCCUCCCCCGCACGCCCUCUGGUCGUUAACCGACACAGCUUCUGUUCCUAUCUAUACAUCUAUCUGUUUGUUCCAGUCUGUUCAUAUCUAUCUAUCUAUCUAUCUAUCUAUCUAUCUGCUUGUUCCAAAAAUAGGAACCUGUUAUCUAUCUAUCUAUCUAUCUAUCUAUCUAUCUAUCUAUCUAUCUAUCAUAGUCUCUUCAUUAUCUAUCUAUCUAUCUAUCUAUCUAUCUAUCUAUCUAUCUAUCUAUCUAUCUAUCUUAGUCUCUUCAUCUAUCUAUCUAUCUAUCUAUCUAUCUAUCUAUCUAUCUAUCUAUCUAUCUAUCUAUUAUAAUAUAAACUAUCUAUCUAUCUAUCUAUCUAUCUAUCUAUCUAUCUAUCUAUCUAUCUCAGUCUAUUCAUAUAUGUAUCUAAAUCUGUUCAUAUCUAUCUAUCUAUCUAUCUAUCUAUCUAUCUAUCUAUCUAUCUAUCUAUCUAUUAUGCAAUGUUAUUUCAUUUUGCAAGUCAAACUUUACAUAUUAAUAUAUACCAAAUGUUGUGAAAUGAUUGAAAAAAUCUCUCUUUACCCCUUUACCCCUCUCUUUCUAUCUUACUCUGUCUAUAUCUAUCUAUCUAUCUAUCUAUCUAUCUAUCUAUCUAAUUCUCUUCAUAUCUAUCCUUCGUCUCUCUCUCUCUCUCUCUCUCUCAUAGCAUAUCAAAGUCUGUCAUAUCUAUCUAUCUAUCUAUGA